GGGAAAGGGGCGUGGCAUCUGGCCGCCGCACCUGGGCGUUCGACGUAAAACUCCGAGGGGGCCGAAGCCAAUAGCCGGAGAGUUGGGCGGUGGCAGGACGCAAGCGCGGAGAGUUCAGAGGUGGCCGCGAGAGGAGGCGAUGGUGGCCGGGUAGGUCCAAACUUCGUCCGGUGUCGCUUUAGGAGUAGCUGGCGGCGUUGGGAGCAGGUGAGGCGGUGGAGUCAGUCCCCAUUGUCCUGGGCUUUCGCCACCUGAGGCAUUAACAGGGCACUCUUACCUAGAAGAAGCCAUAGAGUUCAGUGGGGCUUACUCCCGCGUAAGUGGCUGCAGGACCAAGCCCUGUUGAGUUCUAUGGGGCAGCAUUCCCUGCCUUGAACAGCGUUGGAAAGCGGGGCAGGCAGCUUUUAUUCAGAAAGGAAAGCAGACCGAUCAACCACCAAUAUAUAUAUUUUUUAAAAAGGUUGCCUCAGGUGUCGGCCCUGCUCAGAGUAGACCUGUUGAAACCAAUGGGCAUUUGUUUUGCCAUAGAAGGGGGUGGAUGGGUUUUAAGAAACCUAUUCCCAUCCCCACCCCCGCGCGCACAAAAAAUAAGAACGCCCCAAUUCCUCUAACAUUAAAAAUCUUUUUUAAAACUCUAAAAAGAAAGAGGGAGAAAAUGUGCUGUCGCUUUUUUGCGUUGCAGGCUGUCUUCAAUAUCUCUUCUCCUUUCCCCAGCCCAGAAAAGCAGAAUAGGAAACAAUGUUAAUCAUCUUACAGGUUAAUAAAUAGGAGUAAACCGCUCACAGGGGGGAAAAAACUCCAGUGAGAGAGCUGUUUCCAGUUAUAAACCUCAUCCCUGAUCAAAUAAUGCCCAGACUUUUAGCCAAAAUUUAAUUGGCGAAGUACAAGUCAAAAAAACAACAACAAAAAAAUGGGGAAGAGGGGAGAGGAUAUGUGCUUUCCUUUUCAUUUCUUCACAUUACAGUUGUAUUGUUCCAGCUGCUGCUGGAAUUAGUUCCAGGUUUGCUUACCAAGCAGAACUGGAGAGCUGGGAGAUGGCUUAAGUUGUGUAUGUACUGCUUUAUGCUUGAUGAAGGGAAGGGGGGAAUGAGUUAACAGGGGGCUGAUAGUGGAAAGGCCAAGGGGUCAACGAUUUCUAGAGGUUUGUCUUUGUACUUCAAAGUCUAAAGGUUUGUUGAUAGUGCCUUGCAAAAUCCCAAAUCUGGGUUCAAACAAAUAGAAACUACUAGUAGUACUUCUAUUUGGUUUGUAUUUAGCACCCACCAUAUGCUAGGAGAUACUCAGUUACUAUCACACCGCGUUUCCUCCCCUAUGGUAUUAAAAUGGUUAGAAAUUCCAGAUCCACUAAACAACUGGAUUUUUAUUUUUUUAAAGGGUUCAGGCACGACUACAUUAAAAUGUAUGGUUGGGAGAUAGAAUUAUUUAGUGGGCACAUGUAGCAAGUAACAGCUGUUGUACCCAUAGUGAACAGAUAAAGUUGGAGGGGAGGAGGAAAUGCCACCUCUGCCAUUAGCUUUUUAAUCCAGCCUGAUUCUAAGUCCUGUGGGUGCAAUGCACAUUGUUGUUAAACUCUUAAUAUUCACACUCUUGUCCCAGUAAUUGACUGCCAUGCAUUGUGUGCUGAAUUGCAUUAAGUGCAAUUGACAGUUCUUAGCUAUUCAAAAGGUCUCUGCACAAAGUGCCUUACAGUAGGAAAUACUGUAGUUUAAAAUGGGAAAAGAGGAAGUACGUAGAACCUUAAAUGUGACACGUUACACAUAGUGUCACAAUAAAUUAGGUAAUUAGACUUUGGCAUUUGAGUGAAUAUGCAGAAUUUGCAAUAAGCUUGAUGUUAUCUCAAGAAAUGUAAAGGUUUCCUGGCAGACAGCUGUGCUCCUUGAUUCCUUCAUUUACAUCCCAGACUGCCUAUUCCACCUGUGUGAAAGUCUACUUUGAACUGUGCCAGGUGUUCAGCUAAAGGUUGAAUACCAAACAAGUUCCUGGUUAACAGAUGCUGGACUCCCUACUGAAAAUGAGGUUUAACAAUAUGUAAGCAUGACACAGCCAGUCUUUUGAAGUAAGAAGGCAUAGCUAGGCAGGUGGCCUUAUUACUGUGCAUCUGUGAACUUUCGUCAAUACCUAGAACAUAUUUUCAUUGUGGCUUUUCAUGGCAACUCGGUUUUGGUUGUGGAAACCCAAAAUGCAGGUGGUAGGAGGAAUAAGGAAAUAGAGACUCUAAAGGGUAUAAAUGCCUGAUUGUUACCCACAAUUGUAGUAGUUGUUGUUUUAUUCUUAUAUGUAUUUAAUUAAUCAUAACAUUUAUUAGCUGCCUUUCCAACUAAAUGGUCACUCUGUCUUUUUUUUUUUUGCUAGGACCAUGGCUGUUACACAACCAAGGAUUUCUACGCUAUAUUUCCUCUGUUGCCUAGUCCUUGCAUCUUCUAUGUCCUCUUUUGCAGAGGACCACGCAGAUGGGAGUCAUCAGGCAAACGUGCGUCUUGAUAAGAACAUGGUACAAGAUAAGGAGUAUGUAUUCUCUGCAGUCACACUCAAUAUAAAUAAGUAGGGGAAAGGAGGGUCUGAUAUGGCAUUUGAUAUAAUAGCAGAAUUGAAUUCAACAAAAUGUUCCAGUGCAGAGUGCCAGCCAGCCAGCCUUUUUCCUACUCCGUUUCCCCUCCCACCUGACUUUCUGUCUCAUCCCCCGCACACACAAACAAACACACCAGUCAGUCAGCAUGCUGUGGUUACUGAGCACACUCAGUUCCCAUUGGGCUCUGUUUAGGUAAGUUCGGGAAGCCUUUGUCCCUCCAAAAGUGGCUGAACUACAACUCCCAUCAGCCUCUGCAAGCAUGACCGACGGCUAUAUUGCCUGUGAAAUCUCUCAUAAGCUCUGUUUCAUGCAGUCCACCUGGCAUGACUGCAACUAACAUGGUUGUUGUUGUUGUUGUUGUUGUUGUUGUUAUAUACAGUAAAUAGUCUCAGGGGAAGCUCAAGCAGUCUUGGGACUGUGUGGGGGAGAAGAUUAGUUCUCUUUCCCCUCUGCUGUGGUCCCAUCUCUCUGAAGAUAGUAUCCACAUUUCAAUCGAAGUCUGGCUUUUAAAUGCAUAUUGCAUUACCUAUAUGCACACAUCUGCAUGUUCGUUGCAUUCAGUGGGUGUGUGGUUGUAUCGGUGCGCACUAAGAUUCGUCGUAUUCUUACUCUGCAGCCACAUCAUGGAACAUUUAGAAGGCGUCAUUGACAAACCAGAAUCUGAGAUGUCGCCACAAGAGCUGCAGCUUCAUUACUUCAAAAUGCAUGACUACGAUGGCAACAAUCUGCUUGAUGGGCUUGAACUUGCCACUGCCAUCUCACAUGUUCACAAAGAGGUGAGCGCUAAUUUCCUGGAACAGAAAAUCUGAUAGGCUGGUGAACAGUGUCUGUGAGCAAGCUUAUCUUUUAAUAUAUAUGGGUUGGAAAUGUCUAUAACAUUUUGCAUAUAUAUACAUAUAUAUAUAUAUAUAUAGUGGCAGUUCAAUCCAAAGACUUAUCCCUUGGGGAUCAGCUCUCUCAAAGAUUCCACGCUAUACCAAAUUUUAAAUAACCUGUAGAUUAUAAAACUUGCCAAUAGUUUUUAAGUGUGACCUGGUUGGAGGGGUGGGUGAGCGGAGGAGCUGCAGCGCUCUUUGAGAGACGGUCAAAUUGAAAAUCUUGUUUUGUACCUUUCUGAGUCUAAGACCUGCCAGGCCCACUCAACUUUUUUCUAGCCUUCAUUAGCCAAUUUCUAGGAAACCCAAGUGCAGCCCUCAAGGGCAGAAUACAGAGUGGGACCGUUCUGAUUUCCAAAUGUGCUCGUCUGCUAAAACCAAUCUAUCUCUCCCCCCCCCCCCUUUUCCUGUAGGAAGGUGGAGAACACACCCAGACAAUGAAAGAUGAGGAGUUAAUUAGUUUGAUAGACGGCGUCUUGCGUGAUGAUGAUAAAAAUAAUGAUGGCUACAUUGACUAUGCUGAGUUUGCAAAGUCACUGGAAUGAUGAUUUCUUUAAAAAUCUUCAUGUGACCCAGUACAAUGUGAUUCCUUACUGUAUGUUGGUUUGUGUGUUCUCUACCCUUUGGGCUGCAAAAUUAAUGGUAGAAAAGUGAGAUGGCUACACUUUCGUUUCUUAUACUUUGGAGAGCAAAAAGAUUACGAUGGGAACUAUUAUUUGAUACAGUCUUCUUAGUUAACAAUGGAACAAUACAACCCAUCUGUGUUAGCAAAUUAUUUGGCAGUUGUCUUAAAAACUUGCUUCAAUGAGCUAUCAUCUAAGUCACUGUACUCCAGAAUAACUUCUGGAGGACUCAAAAAGGCAUUAAUUAUAAAGGUCAUAGCACUACAGAGUCUUAAAUGCCAUAAUUAUAUCCUAAAACCAACAGUAUGAUUUUGUGUUUGUGCUUUGAGUUCACCAUUAUUAUUAUUAUUUUGCAAAAAUUGGGAGUAUAGGCACGAUGCAAGUUUAAACUCUUUCAAGAUCUAUCAGCAGGAGAGUUAAGUAGCUAAUUAAAUCUCCAUUAAAAUGGAUGAGUUUAAAAGUGCUUAGUCUUUGCACUGUACCCUAAAUCUCUAAACAGAUGUUUGUCAUUGUAGACAUAUGUCUGUCUUUCAGUUUUCUCAUCUUUUGUCUUUCAGUUGUCUCAUGUUCUGUCACUACCUUACUGGGUUUUGCUGUUCCUUAAAUUAUAACCUUAUAAGAAAACUGGUUGUUGAAUUUUAAAUUAAGUAUAUAUAUAUAUAUUAUAUACUUAAUAUAUUUAGUGUUAUGUGUAUUAUACACCAUCAGUACAGUAUUUUACUUCGGAGUUCGUUUUCAGAAAGUGUAGGUUAAAUACUUUCAUUCAAUGAGGUCUUAAUGCCAAGAACUAUGUUAGCUAAUGAAAGUUUAUAAUCACACUGAAAUGCUGCCAUGUUAAGGUUCUUGCCAGUGUACCUUGACACAAAUUCAUGGUGUGAGCUAUGAAAAGACUUUCUCAUUUUUUUCCUAAAAGAAACUCUAUAACGAGUGUUUAAAUACUUGAAUGGUCUGCUUAUUCUAAAGGGUUCUAAAACUAUAUACAUCUAUGUUGUCUUAACAGCCUUGUGCAGAUCUACAGUGAUAAUCUAAACUGCCCUGUUGUUUGUCCUGUUGUAUAAAACAGAAGCAUACAUUUAAUCAAGCGAACUAUAUUCAGAAACAGAAAGCCAAAAUGCUCCUCUGUAAAUUGCGUAAGAGACCUAUUUUCUGUAUAAAAAAUAUUCUUAUAUGAAGUGCAUUUGUAAAAAUUGCUUCCUUUGUUAACUGUGUAAUAAAAAUGUGGAUUGUACUAUGUUCGUCUAAUUGUUAGGUUUUUAGCAUAGUUCAUGUGAUAAAUACAAAAGCAAUAAAA